AUGACUAAUCAGAACGAAGAGGCAGAAGAGUUGAUGCGCAAGGUUGAGCGCGAAGAGGACGACGCAAGGGAAAUGGAUGAGACACGAAAGUGUUUUCACGUAUGCAUCAUCAACUUGGUGAUAGGGACUCUUUACUGCAGUAAAGGUAAUUUUGAAUUCGGAAUAUCUCGUGUGAUCAAAGCGAUGGAGCCUCAAGAGCGAAGGCUUGGCACGGACACCUGGUACUACGCGAAACGAUGCCUUCUAGCCACUAUUGAGACGAUGUCGAAACAUUUGGUGGUCAUCCGCGAUUCCGUCGUCCAUGAAUGCCUGAAAUUCCUGAGCAGAUGUGAA